AUGGCUUAUUGGGUUUCGUAUAGGAGCCCGGCUUAUCUGAGAGCAAUCGGCUCUGCGACGGAGCCUGGGAAUGUUGAUACGCAAGAGGUCUCGCGAGUCGCGGCGGACCGUUACGCGAGCAGCUCGCGCCACAUUCCAUUGCAUGCGCGGGCGCAAGUUUCCGGGCUGGAAGUGUGCCGCUUCCGCUGUGCGCGGUCGUUGACGCGCGUGCAUUGUCGCCGCACAUUCCCCGCCGUAGCGGACCCGAACGCGACGUCGUCGACGACGUUUUUAAAUAGAGGGCCGAUUACGAGCGUCUGGCUACGGCGCCGGGCACAUGACCGCGCGAAAGUGCAGCGCCCGCCGCGCCGCGUCACGGGCUAUUUGCGACGCGCCGCCUCCGCUCUCGUCUCUUCCCGGCCACUCGCCGCCACUCGCCCGAACACUAUCUUCACAUCAACUCAGGAUCAAGACUUCAUAGUUCAUACCAAAUGU